UUGUACCUGUUAAAAAUCACGUCCAGCCAUGAUGUGCAUUGUUUUCUGGAUCGUCAACCAGAGACUGUCAAAGCGUAUUACCAGCAAAUGCUACAGACUUUGAUUCUUGAAUUCUCUGAUCCAGACUCAGACCAUGGGCUACUUAUUGCUAUGGACCUCAAACAGGGUCGACUUGAAAACCCACAGACUUUCUGUAGUCAGCUACGAAAAGCCUACUUCGGAGCAUGCAACGAAACAGGUAUGGAACAGGAUGUCAACUUAAAAACUCUGUUCCUCCGAAACCUACAUGCCAGUUGGAGUUUUCAUCUCAGAGUCCCAGCGUGUCCACGUAACAGAACUACACAAGAGUUACGGAACUUAGCCCACAAAGCUUGCACCAAGCAAAAGACUAUUUGUGAAAAGACUGUGAAAAACCCCAAAGUCUCUGCCUCUGAGCACUGCUUGGAGUUAAUCCUAGAUGGCGCCCUACAACACCACAGUCACAGACAUUUUUACAGAGAGUCAAUACCGUUCCAAGCCAGCAGAGGGCAACACAAUCGUGCCACGUCUGAGACAGCAGAGAUCCUGAGGGUGCUGAAAGAGCUUCUUUACAUGAAACCUUGCAAGGAAGACAAGGAAGAUGAACCAGACAUCUUAUGUCUAAGCAUAAGAACUGAAACCAACACCCUGUCUAACUGCCAUCUGUAUGAGCCAAGCACCCAGAACACUGCUCGUCAUCCACAGACCACAGAGCUAACUGUCACAUCACAAGGUGACCGCAUCACCCAAGCUCCACAGCUGACAACUGCACACCCUGAACGAGACAGCACAGGUCCUCACACCAGGUACCACAAACACAAGGUACCAGAAAAUGCUGUUUUGACUACCUGCCUUCGCAGCGAGCUACACAAGACCGGUCCUCACCACCCAUCGAUCGUCACACCUGCCCUGAUGUCAACAUUCCUGGGCAGCCUUGUCGAAAAGGGGGUGGGCCGAAAAGGAGUGAACAUGGAAGACCUGAUCGACACAGGAUUAAACCUUACGGUGAUCUCAUCUCACCUUUUCAAAAGACUCCAAUUUGAAGCUAAGAGACUAGAUCAAACUCUUACACCUCAAACUUGUGAACUCCAUUCACCUGACAAUCGGUCUGAUGAGUCUAGUUCAUCCCAUUACAAGAUUCUCAUCGCCUCACACGAACCAGUGCAGGAGAUCAUCGAAUCUAUGCUGGAGAAAGACUCAGCUGAUUACAGCAUUAACAACAGACCUGCUGUGGGAGGAUAG